CUUCACUGAUCUGUCUCUCUCUCUCUCAUCACACAUUUACACAGAAAGAAAAAGACACCUGGGAACGGUGCAAGCUUCUCUACCAUUUCUUUGCUCCAUCUCCAUCCACACACCCACACACACCAAAAAGGGUUUCCUUCUUUCUCAUUUUCUUGGAACUUGGGAAUUAAUUAAGGAGGGAUUAAUUAGUCUUCCUUCUUCCCUUUUCAUUUUUUCUGCAAAAAUCAAGCUUUCAACUUUAGCUCUGCUCAGAUCUUUCUGGUGCAUUGUCAUAUAGCAGGGCUUUUCUGGGGGAAAAGAAGAAGAAAAUCCUUUUUUCACAAAAAUUAAAUAUGCAAACACCAAAAUCAAGAAUUUCUGUGGAUGUGCCACAAAGGUCAUCUCCUACAACACCAAGGGCGUCUCGGAAGCUGAGAACCUCCAAUGCAGAUUCUGAAUCUGCUUCGUCCCCCGCAAGUAGGACAUCAAAGGGUGACAGAAGCCCUAGAGUUGCUGAUCGGCGGUCCCCACGAAGCCCCGCGUCAACUGAGAAGAAGCGUCUCGCGAAAGUGCCAGAGUUGGAGGCACAGCGUGCGCAGCUCCAAGAAGAGCUGAAGAAGGCAAAGGAACAGUUAAGCUCUUCGGAAGCAAUGAAGAAGAAGGCUCAUCUUGAGGUGGAAGAGACAAAGAGACAGCUUGCUGCCAUGUCAGAGAAGGUGGAGGAGUCUCAGAAGCAGUUUUUCGAGCUUUCGGACUCCGAAGAAGCUCGUCUCCAAGAGCUGCGCAAGAUUUCUCAGGACCGCGACCGGGCCUGGAAAUCCGAGCUCGAAGCUCUCCAGAAACAGCACGAGUUGGACUCCACUGCCCUUGCCUCUGCACACGCCGAAAUCCAGAAGCUCAAAAUCCAGCUCGAAUCCGAAGCCACCCGUGCUGAGUCAACACACAGCUUGAUUGAGAUGUUGAAAGCCCAGCUGAGCAACAGUGAAGAAUCCGAAGCUCAUUUGCUGGAAGAACUCACUAAAGCUCAAACAGAACUGGAGGAAUCAAAGAAGCAAGUGGCUUCUCUCCAGGAGCUUCUUCUUGAAGAAGGAAACAAUGGCGGAAGCAGUGAUGUCAAAGCUUUGAAAGCCACACUGGAAGAGGCUGAGAGAAGGAACGAAGAACAGUACAUUCAGAGCACAUUGCAGAUGAGGAGUGCCUACGAGCAAAUGCAGCAGACGAAAUCUGAACUGGAGGAAUCAAGAUCAGAAGUUGAAGCUUUGAAGGGAGAACUGAAGAAGAUGAAAUCUGGGUCUGAUCUAGAAGCAGAGAUGGAGAGCAUGACGAGGGAGAACGAAAUGCUGAAAUGUGAGAAAAAAGAAGCAGAGAUGAAGCUGGGGUGCCUCAAGGAAGAGGCAGAGCGAAGCAGCAGGAAGACAAUACGGGUGACCGAGCAGCUGGAUGCAGCACAGGCUGCAAAUUGUGAGCUGGAGACAGAGAUGAGGAGGCUGAAGGUGCAGUCUGAUCAAUGGAGGAAGGCUGCGGAGGCGGCUGCCGCCAUGCUUUCUUCAACAACAACCGGUAACAACAACAAUGGGAAGUAUGUGGGGAGGACGGGUUCGAUGGACUACCAUUCCACAAUUGGAGGGAGGUUGGGUUCCCCCUUCUCAGAGGAGGCCGAAGACGACUCCUCCUCCCCCAAGAAGAAGAAUGGCAACACCAUGCUCAAGAAGAUUGGAGUUUUGUUGAAGAAGGGGCAAAAAUAGCUCACUUAGCUUCUCCCCAUCGGGUUCGAAUUGAUUUCUUCUCUCAUUCUACUUGCAUUUUAACUGGCAAAUAUCUAUCUGAAUAUAACUCUCUUUUUUGGGUAAUGACAGGGGGGGAUCUAUCAAAAGAUCAGAAUAACACCAGAAGACUUUUGUAUAGCUAUUUGGCUUAGUAGAAGAUAGUUGUGAGAGCUGUAGCUGUUUUUCUUUUGUUCUGUUUUUUUUUUCAUGGAAUUUUUUCUGUUUAUUAUGUUAAUUAAAUAACAGCUUGGUGGGUCUGUGCAAUGCCUCAUCAUUUCCUCCCAAUUACAGCUCUCUAUGGUAACAAG